AUGAACAUCGGACAAGUUUCAGAACAGAGCGGCUUGCCUUCGAAAACGAUCCGGUAUUACGAGGAUAUCGGCCUCGUGAAACCAUCAAGACUUGAGAACGGAUACCGCGAUUUUGCGUCCAACGACCUGCAAAAGCUGGCUUUCCUCGGCCGGGCCCGGUCACUUGGGUUCACCAUCGAGGAUUGCCGCACGCUCGUGUCGCUCUACGAGGAUCGGGAGCGUUCAAGUUCGGAAGUGAAGGCGAUCGCACAAAGCCACCUGGAACGCAUCAAUAGUAAGAUUGCAGAGCUGCAGGCGCUGAGCUUGGCCCUUCACGAUCUCGUGAAGAGCUGUCAGGACGAUGAUCGUCCAGAGUGCCCGAUCAUCGACGGUCUAGCUCGCGCUGAAAUCUUCUGA